GUCAGGCCCAUCAGUGCAUGGGUAGCCGUCACAUAUCUGUGGAACAGUAGCCAGCGCAGCGCAAAGAUAUCUCAAAAUGGCAUUUGCUGGAAUUCUCAAGGACGAGGAUGUGGCUGCAGCCCUUAAAGAGUGCGCUGCUGCUGACUCCUUCAACUACAAGAGCUUCUUUGCCAAGGUCGGCCUGAGCGCUAAGUCCCCUGAGGACAUCAAGAAAGCUUUCUUCGUCAUCGACCAGGACAAGAGCGGCUUCAUUGAGGAGGAUGAGCUUAAACUGUUCCUGCAGACUUUCUCUGCUGGUGCCAGGGCAUUGACCGAUGCUGAGACCAAGGCUUUCCUCAAAGCUGGUGACAGUGAUGGUGACGGCAAAAUCGGAGUUGAUGAGUUUGCUCUCCUUGUUAAAGCUUAAGCAUUCACGGACCCUCAUCUUUGGAACCAGAGCUCCGCUUAGUUAUCAUCUUUUUUAUAUUUAUUUAUGAAUGCCCUGCAAACUCCUCCUUGCAAAGAACAAAUGCUAAAUGUCUUGGAAAGCUAUUUAUUAUUAAUGUUAUUUAAUUGUAUUGUUUUGUGAAAAACCUUCUGUGUGCAAGCAUACAAUCUCUUUUGCACUUUAGAAAAGGAAAUAAACAAACAUUUGAUGUAAA